CAACUUUAACAGGAGAACAGAGAUGUUUUAUCAUCAAACUGCUAUUAUCUUCCUAUAUCAGAAACCACAUGAUCUACAAACCAGAGGUCUAAGUCAGUACCUACAGUUUUCUAUUGUAUUUGUGAUGCUCCGUGUUUUUGUUAUGAUAACUGAUGACUGAUGAAUAAUUAGAUCAUUUUAGUAGCAAAUGUGACAAUGUGUUCUUCCAUUAGGCAGAAUUGUUCCCAUGGCAACUAGGAUACAGCAGCUUGCCCAGCCCAAACCUAACCAUCUCUGUUAUUUAGACCGGCGGUCUGUUUAUUGGCUUGAUAAGCUGCCGCCAGAGAGGACUGGAUCCACCACUAAAAUUGAAUUAACUCCACGUUGGUCAAACUUAUGCAAAAGUAAAAAGUUCUACACUCAAAUCAUAGCUUCUCCUAUAUGGGAGGUGAGUGAGUGGGCUCUAAGGGCGGUACCAUCAAAACGGGUGUGUAAUCUAGCUCAGCCUCGGACCCAUGCAGCUGGCUGGCAGCCAGAUCGCCCGUUGCUAGUCCCUCUCAGCAGAGCGAGUCUGACAGCAGUUGCUUCUUGGCGGAUUUGCCAGCUUGCCCAGGCAAAGAGAAAGCCGGUUCAAGAGGAAUCCAACCGUAGAUCUAAACCCGCACCCGUCGCCCACCUGGCCUCGAAGGCAUCUGCACACAUUGAGCUACUUGCCAGCCCAAAGCAUGAGCACCCCAAGUUUGAAGGAGAGCGCUCAGUUUACUGGCCUGUUUCCAGAGCAUCCAGAAAUUACACAGCCAGCCCAAGGCUUCAUGAAUUGUCCUAUCCCAAAGAAAGAAAAGGUCUGUUUGAGGGAUACAACCCAUACAUCGUUAGCCGGGCAGCCCGCUCUGCCAGCCCCUCUCCUCGGAUAAAGGAACUCUGUUUGCCUCUACCUCGCAAAUGUAGUUCAAAGUAAUGCCAGCUGCAUAUUCCCUGGAGAGAUGUGGAUUGUUCUCAGUAUCCUUAUCAAGAAUGUCAUUAAGAUGAAGGUAAUUUCCACUGAAAUAUUAUGACAAAGGCUUGUUAUUUCCUUUGCCACACAUAAUUGUACACAUGAGUAACACCUAGCAGGAUCCUAAUAUUUAUAUCUUUCUUGAUUUGGCAUGCUUUAAUUAUUUUUUUCUCCUUAAAUUUUUUUUGCAGUAAGUCAAAUAAAGCCUUGACAGAAUAAAACUGGUGCUGAAUAUAAUGUUUGUUCCUGUAUGACUGUUUCCUGACUUCUCUAAUAAAUAAUUGAC